AGGAAAGAGAGAGAGAGAGAGAGAGAGAGAGAGAGAGAGAGAACACCCAGCGCAUCACCGGCCGCCGAUCGCGCCGCCUCGCCGGGAUCUGACCGCCGAUGGACCGGCCGGAACCCUAAUUCUGGCAGCUCCCUUGAGCUGUUUAGCCCUUGGCCCCUCCGAAUCGGUCGCCGGUCGGGAUUCCGUUGACCAUUUCCAGUGAAGAGAGGGGGAGGGAGAGAGCGAGAGAUGUAUACGGUGCAUCCACCUCAGAAGCCGGAUCCCGGAAGCGGAUCCGACGAUUUGCGAGUCUACCAGAACUGGAAGGGUAGUAAUAUAUUUUUCCUUCAAGGAAGGCUUAUAUUUGGUCCAGAUGUAAGGUCGCUUGGCCUUACCAUAUUUCUCAUAGUCGCUCCUGUUGCAGUUUUCUGCGUCUUUGUUGCGAGGAAAUUGAUGGAUGAUUUUCCUGAUCAGUAUGGUAUAUCAAUAAUGGUAGUCGCGGUUGUAUUUACAGUUUAUGAUUUAAUUCUCCUCCUGCUAACUUCUGGAAGGGAUCCUGGUAUAAUUCCACGUAAUGCACACCCUCCGGAGUCAGAAGGCUUUGAUGGAAGUACAGAUGGUGGAGCUGGCCAAACCCCACAGUUACGCUUGCCUCGUAUUAAGGAAGUUGAUGUCAACGGAAUAACUGUGAAGAUUAAAUAUUGUGACACCUGCAUGCUUUAUAGGCCUCCUCGGUGUUCACAUUGUUCUAUCUGCAAUAACUGUGUGGAACGUUUUGAUCACCAUUGUCCAUGGGUUGGGCAGUGCAUUGGUCUUCGAAAUUAUCGGUUCUUCUUCAUGUUUGUGUUCUCGACGACUCUCCUUUGUAUAUUUGUCUUUGCAUUCUGCUGGGUCUACAUCCGGAGAAUCAUGGGAUCGGAGGCGACAACCAUCUGGAAAGCAAUGAUCAAGACCCCCGCCUCAAUUGUCUUAAUAGUCUACACUUUUAUUUCAAUGUGGUUUGUUGGCGGCCUCACUGCUUUCCACUUAUAUCUCAUCAGUACAAAUCAGACCACAUACGAGAACUUCCGGUACAGAUAUGAUAGGCGAGCCAACCCCUACAACAGAGGAGUGGUGGAGAAUUUCAAGGAAAUAUUCUUCACCGGCAUCCCCCAAUCCAAGAACAAUUUUAGGGCAAAGGUACCUAGAGAACCUGUGUUACCAACACGAUCGGUUGGUGGGGGAUUCAUGAGUCCAAAUAUGGGAAAACCGGUUGAGGACAUUGAAAUGGGCAGGAAAGCAGUGUGGGGCGAUAUGAAUUCUGGUCUAGACCUUGGUGAAGGACAGCUCAACAGUACUGAUCGCCUGAAUUUUAAGGAUGGUGAAUUAGGCGAAAUGUCUCCUGAAAUAAGGGCCAAUGUGGAGGACACGGGAGAGCGUGCAGGGAUUCAUCCCAGGAGGUCCAGCUGGGGAAGGAAGAGCGGAAGCUGGGAUAUGUCACCUGAGAUUCUUGCUUUGUCGGCCAGAGUCGGAGAAUCGAAUCGGGCGACCAGCAGCAACAGCGCAAAAAACGAGGAGAAUCGGCACUCGUAGCAUUUUUAGUUUGAUUAAAUCGAUUUUAGGAUGUGGAUGUGAAAUAUGAGGAGGCUUUGCUUUUGAUGGAUGGGGUUUUUUUUUUUUUUUUUAUCUGUUGGUUCAGCCGCUUGCCCUCUUGUAAUGGAAUGUCUCGUAUGAGAGUGGGCUUUUCUUCUGUGAUGGUGCUUGUAUCAGAUUAACACGAAAUUGCAGUGUCUAAUUGUUCUGUCUUAAUCUGGCUAAAAAAAAAAUGAAAAAUGUUCUUGUUGUGGAA